AUGGCGAAAUCAAAGAAGAAAGGCAUCGCCAUCCAUACCCAUCAAGACAUAAACAGCAAGAAGAAAAAGAAGAUGCACUCUUUCUCUAGACUGUCGACGACGAUAUCAUCGUCCUCGUCAUCACAGAAGACGACGAACACCAAAGCGGUUCAGGAGGGAGGACAGCCGCGGAAACAUCAGCAACAACAGCAACAUAUGCUUCCUACCGUUCCGUUUGGGAGGAAUGAUCGGAUUUUGUUGAUUGGUGAAGUUGGAAGUGAGAAUUGGAUUGUUUUGAAGCAUGCUAUUUAUUAUAAAAAAAUACACUUGGGAUUUCUUAUCUAUCGCUCUCUCCCUUCCCCUUUUUUUUCCAUGCCUGAUGUUGUAUGUCCGAAUUCGAGCACUGACUGUCUCAUCCCAGGUGACUUUUCAUUCGCUCGCUCGUUGGCAGAGCAUCAUCGCUGCAGAUAUAUCCUUGCAACAUGCUACGAUUCCAAGGAUGUCCUUCAUUCCAAGUACCCUCAGGCAGAGGAGAAUAUCAACAAGUUCCUGUCUCUCGACGCCUUCGCUGGCGAAGGCAAAAGCAAAAGCGAAAAGGAAGGAGGUCCUGUCGAGGAAGAAGAUGAACCGGCCGGGAAGGAAGAAGAGAAUCCUCAACCGAAAUCUUCAGAAGAUGUAAAGAAAGAUGAUGGUGACGACCAUGACGACGCGAGCAACAGUAAAAAGCUCGUCCGUGAGAAAAGUCGCAAUUACAGACGCAAGGUUCUCUUCUCGGUUGACGCCCGGAAACUGGGCACCGCUGCUGGUGGCGGGAAGGAAGUCCGUCGUGGGUUUCCCAGGCCAGGGGAUUUCCGGAAUCGGAAGGAGAAGAAGAAGAAGAAAGAAAGGAAUCCUGCUGCUGCGGGUGGCGGGAAUAGUAAUGAUAGGGGAGUCACUACUACCACCGGUAGUAACGGUGAAGAAGGAGGGCCAUGGGAUAUCAUCUGCUUCAAUUUCCCGCAUGUCGGGGGACUCUCCACGGACGUGAAUCGACAGGUCCGUGCGAACCAGGAACUCCUCGUGGCGUUCUUCAAGGCCUGUGUUCCGUUGCUGUCGACAUCGGUUCCAACUGAGGCCGAUGAUGACGAUGAUUAUGACGAUAACGAUGACCGAUACACCGACUCAGACGAAGGGGAGAAGGAUCCCGAUCGCUAUAAUACAGAGUCGGAACUCAGCGAUAGCGACACAACAGAGGAGACAACAAAGGAGAAAAGCAGAACACGGACGAUACCAAAAACACGCGGUCAAAUCCUGGUGACUCUGUUCGAGGGCGAACCCUACACGCUAUGGAACAUCAAAGAUCUCGCGCGUCAUGCUGGCCUGCGGGUCGUCACCAGUUUCCGCUUCUCCUGGAAGUCGUACCCAGGCUACUCGCACGCCCGGACCCUUGGCGUAGUAGAAAGUCGCAGCGGUCGGACGGGAGGCGGAUGGAAAGGGGAGGAUCGAGAGGCGAGAACGUAUGUGUUUGAGGUCAAGGGAGAAGAUAAUUAUCCGUUGAUGGGAGCUAGAAAGAGAACAAGAGAGGAUAGCAGCGACGAUGACGAUUAA